AUGACUACUAUAAACGUAUACACUUGCCCUGAUACAAAUAAUGGACAUCGGGAUCAGUUCUUAUCUGUCAUACCUAUCAUUAGACCGCUAAUAGACUACAGAAACCAAUUGAAUGAAUUAGAGGGCAACCGAUUGCGUGAACUAUUAUCGGCUGCGACUGUAUUCAGCGAAACGUGUAUAUGGCGUACGAGUGGUGAGCUAACAGCAAUUAUUUUGUUUAAUCCCAAUCGACCUAAUCUCACACAUAGAAAUGCUGUAAAAUUGCAACAGCAACAAUACGUGCAUUUGUUGAGACGUUAUUUAUUACUGAAAUAUCGGGAUGAAAGUGAAUCGUGCGACAAAUGUAUGAGACUAUUGACAAGUUUAUACGAUUUACACGCGUUAUCACUGAAUAAGUUCAAGAAUUGUUUGGAAACGGAUCCCAGAAUAGCGGCUCCCUAUCCGGUGACCCGAGAGUUUCAUAACCUAUGCUACUAA